CGAAAAGUUAUGACGUCAUGUUUUAAACCAGUUUUGAAACAUUUCAGACGCGAUAAAACACCUCAAGAGCCAGAAACGAUCAAAAUUUGAAACAUAUUCCGCUAUUUUUAUAUGAAUGGUAACAAUGCAACUGCACACUAAUCUGAUUGGUAGUUGAUUUUCAAAUUUAAAUUAUUCCUGGCUCUUGAUUCAAAUUCGCAAAGUUGCAUCAAUUCCAAAUAAAGCCCCCCAGAUCAAAAAUAGUUAGUACACAUGGAACAGUCAGAGUAGAAUUACUAGAAACCCAAAUUAAUUUUCAAAUCAGUUUUAUAUUAGCUGGGUUCGGCUAUUCAGCGCGGAGUUGGAGUGGAGUGAACAGAGCUAAUGGAGUCACCCCUAAUACGGUAAAAAGCAAUACCCGAACGGCUGGAGUGCGAAUGGAGUCACUCGGAGUGCACGGAGUGAGCAAGCCGAACCCACCUAUUAAAUAAAUUCAUUGUUUAGAAGGAUAUUAGAGUAGUUCGAACAGUAACAAACAGAACAGAGUUAGUGCAGAUGGAACAGAAAUUGGAACACUUAGAGUAACGCACCAUAGAGUAAUUUAAAUCGAGUGCAAGUGCAAAUAAAACAGAACUAGAACAGUCAAGGUAGUUCGGACAGUUGAACAAUUCAAAAAGAGUCAGCACUCAGUGCGAGGUGAUUGUCAAAUGGAAAUCGCUAAUAAAUUCAAGAGCCGGGAAUAAUUAAUUAUUUUCUAUAUUUCAAUAACAAAUAUUCGGCUCUUUGCAACGCAAUAACUGUUUUAGAAUUGUCAGGAAUGUGCGAGAAGUUUGAAAUUUCUUGUUCGGGUUACUACUUUAGGACGGUUCUGAAUUCAGGUUCAAGUUGGAACUGUUUUGGGACGGUCCUAGAAAUGUCAGAAUUGAUCCCUGUUCUAGAGUAAGUACAAUUUAUUGCGUAAAUAGUGCAGAAAAAAAAAUUAUAUUGGUACCAAUUGACUCUAAUGACACUUUUGAUUUUUGACAGUUCUCAUUGAGUGUUUUGUGUUUGGGUGUGUAGUAAUUUCCUCCCAGUUAUUUGUUAUAGUUUUUCCUCGAUUUUUCAAUGAAAACUCUCCAGUAAAUCCCCAAAAAUCGCUGCAAAACAAUGGACCCAAACAAUCACACCAACUAUGAACACUCCUACAUGCAAAAAAUGGAAAACCUGACGAUGCAGAGCCCGAAAUACGGUAAAAUAUCCAGAGCGGAGCCCGCAGUUGCAACCCAACAACAUCAAAAACAAUAUUCCCUCUACGAGCGUCAGUUUGCCACUCCUAAAGAAGAAAACAAUGUUUACGUGCAAGUGGCGAAGCCCCAAGUGCCGCUACAUCAAGACCACAGCAACCCCGUUUACGAAAACAUUGAUUACUACCCUACAAGUAAAGCGCAGCCUCAAGUACCACCCAACAACAAAUCCUACGAAGUUCCUUCUUUGUAUGAAAACGUGCAGGGCUUCUAUCAGAAAUCUGGGGCUCAACCGGGGCCCCAAGUGCCCUCGACUUACCAGUACCACCAGAGUUCUGUGCCCGAACCUCAGCAUCCGGUUUAUUCCACAAUGCAUUCACCUAGGACUAAAUUUGGUCAGCAAAUGGUCGAGGAUAUAAAUGGGGGCGACUAUGUUUGUAUGACUGGCAACGUUGCGCAAACUUUGAGUACCAACAUGCAGUUUCAGACCACCAGUGCUAAAAGUUACGACAGGUCGCCAGCCACCGGAAUAGCGCAAACUCCGACCAAAAAACUCCCUUCGCCCGUCAAAGAAAUAAAAAAACCCUUGCCUGCGCCCCUGGUUAAAGAGAAACGCCCCUCGCCCGCUCCCAGUCCCACCCCGAGUUUCGCCAGCAUUUCGAGCGCGGGCAAAUUGAAAAUGAGCGGCAAAAACCUGUUGCCCUACAGCGUCACGCCCCCCAAACCUCGCGGCCCUAGCGAAGCUCAAAGGAAAAUCGAAGAAAUGACCAGGCAAUUUGAAGAGGAGUUGGAGAAACAUCAAGAAGAAGGGGAAUAUUUCGGUAUUUGUCAUACUUGUGGCGACAAAGUGACAGGUGCAGGACAGGCCUGUCAAGCCAUGGGCAAUUUGUAUCACACCAAUUGUUUUAUUUGUUGCUCCUGUGGGCGGGCCUUAAGAGGCAAGGCCUUCUAUAAUGUCCACGGGCGGGUCUAUUGCGAAGAAGAUUACCUAGUAAGCCCAAAUAAUGACAAUGAAUAUUCCGGUUUUCAACAAACUGCUGAAAAGUGCGCCAUCUGUGGUCACUUGAUAAUGGAAAUGAUAUUGCAAGCGAUGGGCAAAUCGUACCAUCCGGGUUGUUUCCGUUGUUGCGUGUGCAACGAGUGCCUGGACGGAGUACCAUUUACAGUUGACGUUGACAAUAAAAUUUAUUGCGUCAACGAUUAUCACAGGAUGUUCGCGCCAAAAUGUUCCUCUUGUGGCAAAGGUAUAACACCGGUAGAAGGUACUGAAGAAACUGUCAGAGUAGUGUCAAUGGACAAAGACUUCCAUGUUGACUGCUAUGUGUGCGAAGAGUGCAACAUGCAAUUGACAGACGAGCCUGACAAGCGCUGUUACCCGUUAGAGGGCCGGCUACUUUGCCGCUCCUGUCACAUACAAAGGCUGAAUCAUACGCCGCAUCACUUGCAACCUGUCAGCGCCACUUAUCAGUAUAGUGGCUAAAUCUGUCAAUUGUCAAUUAGGUAAUUAUUAUUGUUGAUUGAAUUUGUUUAAAACAUUCUUUGUUUUUGGGUUAUAUACCUGUUGCAAUAAGGAUAAUAUAUGUUAGUUUAUUAGAAAUAUAUCCUCAUAAGGUCUUCUUUUAUUAAUUAGCAAUAGGUUAUAGGUCCAGUUUAUUUUUUUUAAAUAUUUUGUACAUUUUUCUGUGAUAUGACUGUUUAAGUUCACGACAGAUUGUAUCAAUACAAUUUUUUUUUGUA